CGUGGGAGCUUACGAUCGUUUGGACAUUGUCGAGUUGGUGAAAGGGUUAAGUGUAGUGUUGUGAAAUAGUAUUACGUUUGAGGUGCCCGUAACAAGCGUCCCUUCACUACGAUGAUGCCUUUAAACUCUAUCCCUUAGCGUACAUGGAAAAGACCGAGAUAUGAUACGUAAUAUCCGAUAUUAGUGAAUAAAAUGUGCGAGUGAUUUACAGGAACAAUGGGGACAGUGAGUGCGAGUGUGUUUAAGAAAGUGGUGGCUGUAGUACUGCUGUUGUGGAUAGAUGAUUCGCGAGCAUUGCGUGACGUGCAACUAAUAGCGCCGUCAGCUGUCAGAUUGGGUGACACAGUGUUGCUCGGUUGUAAAUGGACUUUAGAAGGGAACGAGACAUUGUACAGUGUGAAGUGGUACCGGGGUAGACAGGAGUUCUUCAGUUACCUCCCCAAGGAGUAUCCCUAUACGAGACUCUUCGCGCAGCCGGGCAUCAACGUCGACAUAUCAAAGUCGUCGUCGCAGCAGGUGGUGUUGCGCGAGGCGACACGCGCGCUUGCCGGCCGGUUCCGUUGCGAGGUGUCCGCGGACGCUCCCUCCUUCCACACACAAGUCCGCUCCGCGUACAUACACGUCGUAGAAUUACCGCCAGAUAAACCAACAAUAAAAGCUGAGAAGGGCUGGUAUGCGUCAGGUGAUUCCCUUCGUGCCCAGUGCUCGUCACCGCCAGCAGAUCCCCCAGCUAAUCUCACUUGGCUGCUAAACGGAAAAGAUAUCCAAGGCAAACCUAUCAUUCAGCAAAGGAUACUUCCAAGUCCGGCUGUAGCGAUAGACGCCCCUCACAUACCAGACCAGAGCACGACGCCACCUGGUGAUGAAAAUAGCAACAUUAUAUUCAGACCUUGGAAGACAUUUGGACCCUUUGUUGAUACAAUACAGGAAGGAGAAUUAUUGCCAAGUCAAGACACAGUGGUGUUUCCAAAACCUCGUCUAACAGACGGCACGAUAGAAGAAGAUGUCACAGAUCCUAUGCCCACUGUGGAAUCAUCAAAAAAGGUGGCGUCAGUGAGCCAGCUGUCGUUCAUGGUGCGCGCGGACAGCUUCGAGCGCGGCCAGCUGCGCCUCACCUGCGUGUCCAGCGUGCACGCCGUGUACAGCGAGCGCGCUGACCUCGUCAUCAACGAGGAGCGCCCGCAGAUCGCCUCCGUCCUCGGCACCAGGGACAGAGCAUCAGGUUCCGUAGCGUCCUUAUUUUUGACAGCGCUAUGUUCGUCUAUUACUUUCUCCCAAUUAUUAAGACACAUCCUGCGAUGAUGGCGUGCCUGGGGCGAGUAAGCUGUCCUUCAUAACGUCAUAUGUAAAUAACAGAUAUUUUAACACAGACGAGUUGUGCUCACCUAUUAACUGUAUGUAGUUCUUAGAACUUUGGUCUGAGUGCGGUAUUCUUUAACAGAAUUCGGUCUACUGAUAUACGAGUUCAUUGAAAAAUAUAGCAUUGACAGCGAAUGAAAUGGUUUUAUAAUAAACUGAAAUAUAGAUAAGCAAGAUACUGAAAAGAAAGUAAAUAGAGAAACUGUAGAAUUGGUUAAAUACAGUUUUAGUUGUUUCUCUAUACUCUU